GUCUUUUCUCACUCAACACCGCAAGAUAAUACACAGAUCCUAAAGCUUCACUGCGAUGGAGCAGGAUCAAGAGAUCCGACCCGAAAGCCCGGAAAAACCGAAUACGGUCACGGAUAGUUUAACCAACGCCCAAGCCUCUCUAACGAAGGAAGCCGUUACACCCCCCAACACCGACGCCAAAAUCGACAAUGACGUCGCCGAAGCAGAUCCAAACCCUACGCCCACCGAGAAACCGCUUCCUAGCGAAUCCGACGAGGAACCGGACGUUCCGAGCAUCUCAGAAUCCCUCGAAGAAGAAGAAUCCUCCGAUCUCGUAACGGAGCCUCGAUCCCAAAACCCUAACCCGCUGGAGCCGGGGCCCAGGGCGAGAAAACGCCGCCGCAGGAAGCGGUUCUUCACGGAGAUAAACUCCUCCUCGGCCGCGAACAACCAGGCCUUCUCCCGCAACCGCCGCGGCAGCGUCGGGAAAGAGCUUGACUCCGAAGCCCUGACGGCGAUGUCGGUGGGGUUUCCGGUGAACUCGCUCACGGAGGAGGAGAUCGAGGCCAACGUGGUGCCGAUCAUCGGAGGGAAGGAGCAGGCGAACUACAUCGUCGUGAGGAACCACAUCGUCGCGCUGUGGAGGUCCAACGUCUCCAACUGGCUGACGAGAGACCACGCGCUCGAGUCUAUACGGUUGGAGCACAAGACGUUGGUGGAUACCGCUUACAAGUUUCUGUUGGAGCACGGUUAUAUUAAUUUCGGUUUAGCUCCGGUUAUCAAAGAGGCGAGAUUGAGGUCUUUUGACGGUUUGGAGCCGCCUAAUGUGGUGGUUGUUGGCGCCGGUUUAGCUGGUUUGGUUGCUGCUAGGCAGUUGUUGUCGAUGGGGUUUAGGGUUUUGGUUUUGGAAGGGAGGGAUAGACCGGGCGGGCGGGUUAAGACCCGGAAGAUGAGAGGUGGGGAUGGUGGUGUUGAGGCGAUGGCUGAUGUUGGUGGGAGUGUGUUGACUGGGAUCAAUGGGAAUCCACUAGGUGUGUUGGCGAGGCAGUUAGGUUUGCCUCUCCAUAAGGUUAGAGAUAUCUGUCCUUUGUAUCUACCUAGCGGCGAGCUUGUUGACGUUGGUGUUGAUUCGAAGAUUGAGGUGUCGUUUAAUAAGCUGUUGGAUAGGGUUUGUAAGUUGAGACAGUCGAUGAUUGAGGAGAUUAAAUCUGUGGAUGUGCCGUUAGGGGAAGCGCUGGAGACUUUUAGGUUGGUUUACGGUGUUGCUGAGGAGCAGGAGGAGAGGAUGCUGUUCGAUUGGCAUUUGGCGAAUUUGGAGUAUGCGAAUGCGACGCUGCUAGGGAACUUGUCGAUGGCGUAUUGGGAUCAGGAUGAUCCGUAUGAGAUGGGUGGUGAUCAUUGUUUCAUCCCUGGAGGGAACGAGACGUUUGUGCACGCCUUGGCUGAGAAUCUGCCUGUUUUCUAUGGGAACGUUGUGGAGAGUGUUAGGUACGGAAGGGACGGUGUUGUGGUUUAUGCGGGGGAUAAGGAGUUCUCAUGCGACAUGGCUCUCUGCACUGUUCCGUUAGGUGUUCUGAAGAAGGGGAGCAUUGGGUUUUACCCUGAGCUUCCUGAGAAGAAGAGAGAAGCGAUUCAGAGACUCGGGUACGGACUGUUGAACAAGGUUGCCAUGUUGUUUCCUUAUAACUUUUGGGGGGAGGAGAUUGAUACGUUUGGGAGAUUAACCGAAGAUUCUAGCACGAGAGGAGAGUUCUUCUUGUUCUACAGCUACUCUUCGGUCUCUGGUGGUCCGUUGCUCGUAGCACUUGUAGCUGGAGACGCCGCAGAGAGGUUUGAGAAAAUGUCGCCUACUGAUUCCGUUAAAAGGGUGUUGCAGAUACUGCGUGGGAUUUAUCACCCGAAAGGAAUCGUUGUUCCUGAUCCGGUUCAAGCCCUCUGUUCCAGAUGGGGACAAGACAAGUUUUCGUACGGUUCUUACUCGUAUGUUGCGGUGGGUUCAUCUGGAGAUGAUUAUGACAUUUUAGCUGAGAGUGUUGGAGAUGGGAGAGUGUUCUUUGCUGGUGAAGCGACGAACAAACAAUAUCCGGCUACAAUGCACGGAGCCUUCUUAAGUGGAAUGAGAGAAGCAGCAAACAUACUUAGAGUUGCUAGAAGAAGGGCAUCAUCAUUGGCUUCAGACAGUGCUAAGUGAGAUCUAAUCUUUAGUUUGGAUUUUAUUUUAUUUUAAGAUAGGAUCUGGAAGUUAUGUCUGCGAUCCCUUGGACUUAUCUCCAGAAUGAUCAGUCUCUUAUCUUUAUUCUUCUGUAAUCCAUUGAGCUCUCUGGAAAAUAUGGUUCACUUCAAAUAUGUCAUAGAUGUUGUUCGUUGGUGCUUGAACUUACCUUCAUCUGCUGUAUCAAGUCGUUGCUCUUUGAGUUUGACUUUGGCUUAUUCUACAACCA